UGUCGUCUGUCUUUGAGAUCGUUCUUUUUCUUCUUUCCGUCGUGUUCCAAUCCAACAGCUUGGUGUCCACUAGGCAAAAUGUCGUUGGUGAUACCAGAAAAGUUUCAACACAUUCUCCGUAUCAUGGGGACAAACAUUGAUGGCAAACGCAAGGUGAUGUUUGCCAUGACUGCCAUCAAGGGAGUUGGUAGGAGGUACGCCAACAUUGUUUUGAAGAAGGCAGAUAUCGAUCUAGACAAGAGGGCAGGAGAAUGUUCCGAAGAAGAGGUGGAGAAGAUCAUUACAAUCAUGUCACACCCGAGGCAAUACAAGAUCCCGGACUGGUUCCUGAACAGACAAAAGGACAUCCAGGAUGGUAAAUACUCUCAGCUCACAUCAAGUUCCCUCGACAGUAAACUCCGUGAUGACCUUGAGAGGCUCAAGAAGAUCAGGGCACACAGAGGAAUGCGUCACUACUGGGGCCUGAGAGUGAGAGGUCAGCACACUAAGACCACCGGACGCAGAGGUAGGACCGUCGGUGUCUCCAAGAAGAAGUAAACUUUUGUUAAGUUUUUUUUACAAAUUGUACAAUGCAUUUUUUCCAUCAAUAAAUGUAUUUUACAAUUCCAA